AUGAUCCAUCAAAGACUACUAGCCACCACCGUAGCAGUACUUUUAGCGACGACCACAUUCGUCGUCCCAGCCCGCGGGAGCCAGGAAGUGACCAUCACCAUCGCCAACGUGGUAAAUCCAGAGGCGCGCACAGUAACGGUGCACUGCCAAUCCAAAGACGACGACCUCGGCUUCCACGACCUCGGCGUUUACGAGGAGUACAGUUGGAGCUUUCAUCCCAACGCCUUGGGCGGGACGCUGUUCUGGUGCCGCCUUUAUAUUGCGGAAACCGAUCAGUGUCUUGUCUUCGACGCAUACCGUCAGAACCUCCACCGCGGCAACCACAUUUUGCGGUGGGAAGUCGAGGGUGCCGACGGGGUUUCGGGCAAAACCGAGCGCGGGGUUCCGGUGCGCAACGUGGCCAAUUGGCACCCGUGUUGA